AAAAAUAUUCCCCCUUUGCUCAAUGGACACCGUUGACACUGAAUAGAGCCAGAAGAGUUAGAGCAACAUUAAACGGCACAUUAUCCAGCUGACAAUCCAGCAUGUCCUUGAUGGUCUUCUCAGCCGCGGCCGCAAACCUUUCUCCAGUGUUUUCUGUGGUUCCCAGACAUAAGUUUUCUCCCACCUUCCCUGAACGUAUUCAGAGGCUUCAUCACUUCGGGUACCGUUCGAAUCCGAAUCAUUGCUUCAAACCGAUUACGCAGCCAUGUAGGAACUCUCUGAUAUCGGACAAGUUUCCUGCUGUCGGUGCCCGAUCGACGGGUCCCGUUGCGCCCGAUCAUCUCAUCGAAGUCGUUAAAACUGCAGCUCAGACUGGCGCUCAGGUUGUAAUGGAUGCUGUAAAUAAGCCACGAAAUAUUACAUAUAAAGGAUUAACUGACUUGGUGACUGAGACAGAUAAAAUGAGCGAAGCUGCCAUAUUAGAGAUCGUGAACAAGAAUUUUGAAGACCAUCUUAUUCUCGGGGAAGAAGGAGGAAUUAUAGGGGAUGCAGCAUCAGAUUAUCUUUGGUGCAUUGAUCCGUUAGAUGGGACGACAAACUUUGCACAUGGCUAUCCCAGUUUUGCUGUUUCUGUUGGAGUUCUAUAUCGGGGGAGGCCAGCUGCUGCUGCAGUGGUUGAAUUUGUUGGAGGUCCUAUGUGUUGGAAUACUCGCACUUUCUCUGCAACUACUGGUGGUGGAGCUUUCUGCAAUGGGCAGAGGAUUCGAGUCAGUGAAACUAAUCAGGUGGAACGAUCUCUUCUAGUGACUGGCUUCGGGUAUGAUCAUGAUGAUGCAUGGGCCACUAACAUUGACUUAUUUAGAGAGUUUACAGAUGUCAGCAGGGGUGUAAGACGACUUGGUGCGGCUGCAGUGGACAUGUGUCAUGUAGCUUUGGGAAUUGUAGAAGCUUAUUGGGAAUAUCGUCUAAAGCCAUGGGAUAUGGCUGCAGGUGUUUUGAUGGUGGAAGAAGCAGGGGGCGCUGUUUCUCGGAUGGAUGGCGGUAAAUUUUGUGUUUUUGAUAGAUCGGUUUUGGUUUCAAAUGGUGUGCUCCAUGAAAAGCUUCUAGAUCGAAUUGGACCUGCAACAGAGAAAUUGAAAAGCAAGGGAAUUGAUUUCUCAUUGUGGUAUAAACCAGAGAAUUACGCGACUGACGUCUAAGGUCGGAUGAUUCGUGGACACUAAUACAAAAAUUAAAUUCCAUUGUUAUAUUAGUUUCUGCUCAUAGUUCGAUAUUUAUGAAAGCCAAACAUUUUGGACAUUAAACUGCAAGGAUAACUUUUACGCCAGCUGAAUUUUCAAAAAUGUGUUUAAAAAUAGUCAUCAUUCGUUUGUAUAUCUACACGGCUACACCCACGUCAUAUUUAUUGGGGGAUUUAUCUUCUGAAAUUGAAUUAUCAUGUGACCUGAUCUAUCACUAUUUAUCU